UGGCCCGGGCGCCCGCGGCGCGGCGAGGACGACGCGGAACGGUCUAGUUCAGGGUCUAGGGCGGCGCGUCACUUCCGGUAGCGCGGAGCUCGUAAAACACCCUGGAGAGAAAAUGGCGGCGGCAGCGGCUUCGGCGCCCCAGCAGCUCUCGGAUGAGGAGCUUUUCUCCCAGCUGCGCCGUUACGGCCUGUCUCCGGGCCCCGUGACGGAGAGCACCCGCCCCGUCUACCUCAAGAAGCUGAAGAAGCUUCGCGAGGAGGAGCAGCAGCAGCAGCAGCACCGGCUCGGGGGCCGCGGCGCCAAGACGCGGAACAGUAAUAACAAUAACACGGCGGCCGCCGCGGGCAUGGGGGUCCGGCCGCUCGCGGGCGACCUCGCCUUCCUGCGGACUCCGGGGGGCCCGGGCCGGGCGCCGGCCGCGGGCUCGGAGGGCGCGCCCGGGGGCCCGGGGGGCGCCGCGGCCGGCCUCGCGGCGGGCAGCAAAGUGCUGCUGGGCUUCAGCUCGGACGAGUCGGACGCCGAGGCCGGCCCCCGCGAGCAGGCCGGCGGCGCCAGGAAGGAGCGGGCUGCGCCCCCGGCCCGCGGGCUCGAGGGGACGCCCGCGCCGCCGGCCGAGCGCAGGAAGCCGCACGCGUGGUGGGGGGCCCGGAGGCCGGCGCCCCCCGAGCCGCCGAGCCCCGCGCCCGGCGAGGCGGCGGCGGCGGCGGAGGACGCGCGCGGGGAGGGCGCCGACGGGGAGGACCGGGGCGCCGAGGCCGAGGAGCCGCGCUGGGCGAGCCGCGCCGUGAACGGCAGCCGGCUGCACCCCUACAGCUGCCGGGAGAACUACUCGGACUCGGAGGACGAGGACGAGGACGGCGGCGGCGACGCGGCCUCGCCCCGCCAGGUAGCCAAGGACGACUCCCUGGCCCGCGCCCGGCCCCGACGGGGCCACGGGAAACCGCUCGCGCCGCCGGCGGCCAAGGGCAGCCGGCCGGAGCCCGCGGCCCCGGGAGGGGGCGGACUGGCGAUGAAUGACAGGGCGGCGGCCGCCGGCAGUCUAGACAGGAGCCGCGACCUCGAGCGGGCGGCGGGCUGUGAGCCCCUGGACGCCGGCCCCGGGCCUCGAUUCCGGGGUAGCUCCAAGAAGCUGGCCCCGCUGCUGCCCGCGCCGCUGCCGGAGCGGGACCCCUGCCUGGAUUCGGGCCCCGGCCCGCUGCUGAAAACCAACAACCACGUGGGCGGGGGCGCCUUCGGCGUGGACGCCCCCCGGGUUUUCGCCAACAGCGUCGCGCCCGGGGCAGCGGUGGCCAGCCCUCCCGCCGGCGCGCUCAGGAUCAACCACGCCAACCACACGGGCCCCAAUCACACGUACCCGAAGCCCCCCUACGGCAAGCCGAAGCUCUCGGAACCCGAGGAGGAACUUCUGCAGCAGUUCAAGCGGGAGGAGGUGUCCCCCUCGGGGGCGUUCAGUGCCCACUACUUGUCCAUGUUCCUCUUGACUGCCGCCUGCCUAUUUUUCCUAAUAUUGGGGCUGACCUAUCUGGGCAUGCGAGGAACGGGCGUGUCCGAGGACGGAGGACUCGGCAUAAAAAAUCCCUUUGAUGAAACAUUUGGAAAAAUACAAGAAAGUGAAAAAAAUCUUAUGAUGAACACUUUAUACAAGCUUCAUGAUCGAUUGGCACAGCUUGCAGGAGAUCAUGAAUGUGGAAGCUCUAGUCAGAGAACCCUUUCUGUCCAGGAAGUAGCUGCAUAUUUAAAAGAUUUAGGUCCUGAAUAUAAAGAUAUAUUUAACACCUCAUUGCAAUGGAUUUUGGAAAAUGGAAAAGAUGUGGGAAUAAGGUGUGUUGGUAAUGGCCCAGAGGAAGAACUGACAAACAUAACUCAUGUGCAGUUUUUACAGUCCACAAGACCUCAGAUGUCUUUCUGGUGUCGUUUCAGACGUGCUUUUAUUACUGUCACCCACAGAUUAUUACUGUUAUGCUUAGGUGUAGUGAUGGUUUGUGUCGUUCUGCGUUACAUGAAGUAUCGCUGGACAAAAGAAGAAGAAGAAACAAGACAGAUGUAUGAUAUGGUGGUAAAGAUUAUAGAUGUUUUACGAAGCCAUAAUGAGGCUUGCCAGGAAAAUAAAGAUUUACAACCUUACAUGCCUAUCCCACAUGUGCGAGAUUCUUUAAUACAACCUCAUGACAGGAAAAAAAUGAAGAAAGUCUGGGAUAGAGCUGUUGAGUUUCUUGCUGCUAAUGAGUCUAGAGUUCGCACAGAAACAAGAAGAAUAGGCGGUGCAGAUUUUCUGGUUUGGCGGUGGAUCCAACCUUCUGCAUCCUGUGACAAAAUAUUAGUAAUACCUUCUAAAGUAUGGCAAGGUCAAGCAUUUCAUUUAGAUAGAAGAAAUUCACCUCCAAAUAGUUUGACGCCAUGUCUAAAGAUUCGAAAUAUGUUUGAUCCAGUUAUGGAAAUAGGAGAUCAGUGGCAUUUGGCAAUCCAAGAAGCAAUUUUAGAAAAAUGCAGUGAUAAUGAUGGCAUUGUUCACAUUGCAGUAGACAAGAAUUCACGUGAGGGUUGUGUAUAUGUUAAAUGUCUGUCUCCAGAAUAUGCUGGAAAAGCUUUUAAGGCAUUGCAUGGCUCUUGGUUUGAUGGGAAAUUGGUUACAGUGAAAUAUUUACGACUAGAUAGAUAUCACCAUCGCUUUCCCCAAGCUCUUACUUGCAACACUCCCUUGAAGCCAUCAAAUAAGCAUAUGAACUCUAUGUCUCAUCUUCGUCUUCGGACUGGCCUAGCCAAUUCUCAAGGAGCUUCCUGAAAAGACUCUUCCCCUCUUACAACUGUUACUUACAGUAGAAAAAUUACUGUUUGGCUUCUUGUCUUCCUUUUAAAAUGCUUUUUGUAUGUAAUAUUUUAACUGAAUAAAGCUCUGUUUAAAUGUUCCAGAAAUCUUAAGGUUCCAAUGGGACUUAAUAGUGAGGCAGCAAUGCUGAGUAGAUAGAAUACUUGUUUCAUUCAACUUUUGGAGCUCCGUUAAGCCAAUGCAUUUAAAGUUUUGCAUGAGGAACAUUGACUUUAUUAAGCAUUUUCAGAUGUGGUGAUUGUAUUUUUGCACCAAGAAAUGUUUGGAUUACCGCACAAAAGCAUGGUGAAGAGGCUUCUUGUUAUUUCCAUAAUUCCUGUGAACUAAUGUUGUGAAUUUUUGUAUACGGUCACCUGCAUAGUUCCUUAAUGUGGUAAAAAAACGUUCAUUUUCCAAUUUAACCUUAGAUUUCUAUUGCUUGUAAAAUUUCUAUUUGCUACAGCUGGAAUAUGGGGAAAUUCAUUUGGGUUUAGUGGUUACAUAUAAGUGGAUGUACAUGUACUUAAACUGGCUUUUGUAUAUAUGUAUAAAUGCUGGUGGUGGCGAAUGUAGUCUUGUAUUUUGAGGAUGUCUGCAGUAUAGCAGUAAAAUAAGCUUAUUUUAUUCAUAAUCUAAUGUAUAUAUGUAUGUGUAUAUGUAUAUACGUGUAUGUAUAUUAUAUAUGUAUGUGUAUAUGUUUGUGUAUACACACACAUAUAUAUACGUAUGGCUGUACUGUCACAUAGAUCAAACAGCCAAGCACCUGGAAGUAUUAGAUACAAGGUAAAAAUAUCUUUUAUAGGUUUUAUAUGAAAAAAUGUCGAGUAUGACUGUGUGAAAGUUGAUACCAGUUGUAAUUGAUUCAAAUUUAUGUGAGCAAUAAAGAAGCAAUUGGCAGAUAUUGAUAAAGUAUUUUGUGAAAAGCUCUAUUUAUUAUAUUAGGGCUAUAACGUAGUACCAUUGGGAUUGAGUCAUUUUCCCAAUCUGUUUAUAGUUUAAUGAAAAGUUAACUCUCCUGUUGUAUGUCAAGUAUUAAGCAGGGCACAUUGUUACAGCAAAGUAUGUAUUUGAAUAAUCAUAUUUGCAAUUUGGGGUCAUGAAUGUUUGCAAUAUAGUAAAUGCAAGAAUGACUGUUGCUUUGUGCCUCAAGUAUUUACUUUGUUUCAGUAAAGUUACUUUAUUACUGUUGAUAAUUUCAAACAAAAUAGUUACUGAACAAAGUUUACUUGUAAUCUAACAAUUGGCUUUAAAAUUAACCUGUUGGUAUAUUGUUGUCAGUUCAAAUGAAUAUGUGAAACAGCUGAAAUUACCAAUUCUGAUUCUGUUCAAACCUUGGUUUUCUUUUGCUCAGUUGUGUAUGUGUUGGGUUUGCAGCAUGAACUUGCACAGAGAUUGCACGACUUUGGCUAAGUAAACGUGACGCACAGCGUGCUGGAGCAGGAAACCCUACCGUGCCUUACCUGCGUGCUUUUGUGGGCACCAUGUUUCUGAAGAAUAAAGCAGAUUUGCUCUCUGAAGAGAAUACAUUCUAAAUUCUCAGUCUAUGUCUCAGAUGCUAAAGUGUGAAAAUAUAAAUAUAUAAUAUAUAAUAUAACCGAUCUUUCUGUAUUUUAUGUGCAUCCUAGUGAUUUAUCUGAGCUUAGUGAACCCCAUCUUGUGACCUGUUGCAAGAGUGAAUGUAAAAAAUAGUUGUGGCAUUUUCAAAGGUCGCCUUUUGAUGCAGAUGCAUCUUUUUCUUGAUUCUAAAACAUUCAUGUAAACAUUGUACAUUUAUUGUUGUAAUAUAUACUAUUAUGCAGCUUAUUUUACCUAAAACUGUUAAGCCGACCAAGAUCCUUCCCUGCAAGACAAAUGGGAAUGUGUAUAAUAACUAGAUAUUUGAGAAGUUCUGAAGUUUGAUGUAAUCCGUUACUUGUCCUGUUAAAAAGGAAAAAAAUUCUAAUUAAAAGUUUAUUAGGUUUUUUUAAAAUGUCUCUUGAUUUUUUAAACUUUUUAAGUGUGUUGUAUCUUUUUAAAACCAGUGAAAACAGGUGUUUUUUAAUGUU